AUGUUGUCUCCUGCUGUCUUCUCUCGGGUGAGUUCUGUCUGUCUGUCUGUAUGUCUGUCUGUCUGUCUGUCUGUCUGUCUGUCUGUCUGUCUGUCUGUCUGUCUGUCUGUCUGUCUGUCUUCGUCUGCUGCCUCUGCUCUGUCUGUCUGUCUGUCUGUCUGCCUGCCUGUCUGUUUGUCUGCCUGUCUGCUUGUCUGUCUGUCUGCCUGCCUGCCUGCCUGCCUGCCUGUCUGUCUGCCUGUCUGCCUGUCUGUCUGUCUGUCUGUCUGUCUGUCUGUCUCUGUCUGUCUGUAUCAGUUUCUAUACUACUUUCUGGAUAAUAUAGUACAUAAGGAAUAAGAUAUGUAUUUGUCUAUAAGGAAGCGUUCUAAGUUUGUUUUUCACAUGUAACCUCCCGAGUGGCGCAGUGGUCUAAGGCACUACAUCGCAGUGCUAGCUGUGCCACUAGAGAUCCUGGUUCGAAUCCAGGCUCUGUCGUAGCCGGCUGUGACCGGGAGACCCAUGGGGCGGUGCACAAUUGGCCCAGCGUCGUCUAGGGUAGGGGAGGGAAUGGCCGGCAGGGGAUGUAGCUCAGUUCGUAGAGCAUGGCGUUUGCAACGCCAGGGUUGUGGGUUCGAUUCCCACGGGGGGAAUGAAAAUAAAAAAUAAAAAAAAGUAAUGUAUGCACUAACUGUAAGUUGAUCUAGAUAAGAGCGUCUGCUAAAUGACUAAAAUGUAAAUGUACCUUAUGAUAAUACCCUGAACUUAGAAUGUUUGAUAUGUUGGUCUUUUACCUUGGUUUGUGCAUGGUUCAAGUAAGAUUUAUUCAGGUUAAAGUAAGAUGAGCAGGUUUAAGUAUAUCUCACAGGUCAUCAGUUGUGACUGUACUGUGUGUUUCUGUUUGUCAGCUCUGUGUGUUGUGGAGUCAGCUGUCAUUAAUGUGAAGGAAGUGGUGGGAGGACAUGUCAUGUUCGGCUGCUCAUUCACAUUGGCAGGGAACAACAUCAAAUAUUUCUGCAAGGGGACAUGUUCUGGUAAAGAUAUUCUGGUUCAAACUAAUGGGAGAAAGACUGUAACUCAAGGUAGAUACAGUAUAGAAGACAAGGGAGAUGGAGUCUUCUAUGUGACCAUCAAGAACCUGAUGAAGUCAGACUCUGGGACCUACUGGUGUGGAGUGGGGAGAUUUGGCCCAGACACAUUCCAAGAGGUGCAUCUUAUAGUUACAGAUGGUAAGUGAACACUACAUAUAAAUUGGUAUCUAGUAAUUCACUUCCUGACUUAUUUCCUGACAUAUAGUUGUUUCAGUAUUUGUAUUUAUCUGUACUUUCUACUGACUCACAGCUCCUCCCACUCCUACACCAUCACCUGUCACCUCCAGACCCAAUGUCUCCACAACCCUCCCAAACCUCUCUGCAACAUCCUCUAACAUCUCUACAAUGUUUCUGACAUCUGGAGAUGUCAGUGGUCACUUUUCAUCAAGAACAGGUAUGACGAAUCUCUCAUCUCUGACAUUACAACUAACACGCUGUGAUAUUAAAUGCUGUAAUUCUGGAGCAAAUCAAUUGUAACUGUUCAUGCUUUGGACAAAUUGUAGAUUUGGAGGCCAUGUAGAUGUGAGCCUCUCAGAGGCCCACAGGAAGUGAUGCAACAUUUGAGGUUUUGUGGAGAGCUGCCGAUGACACCAUGGCCUCCGUUGCUAUAGUUACUCUGAUCACUGUCUUACACCUUUAGCAGACCUUUAUUAUAUAUCCACUUAUUACUAUUACUAUUUUUAUUAUUACCCGACUAUAUUAUCUAUCUAUCAGUUUUUUUGUCUUUUCUUUGUCUGUCUGUCUGUCUGUCUGUCUGUCUGUCUGUCUGUCUGUCUGUCUGUCUGUCUGUCUGUCUGUCUGUCUGUCUGUCUGUCUGUCUGUCUGUCUGUCUGUCUGUCUGUAUGUCUGUCUGUCUGUCUGUGUUGUUGUCUGUCUGUCACCUGACAGACUCUACCAACCAACUGACGACCAACCAACUGACCAAUCUUCCAACCUACCUUACUUUACUUUAUUGACUGACCUAUCCACCAGUCUACCGACCAACCCACCAGAUGACCCUGGUAACGAUCCAUCAGUCUGAUAUCUAUAGCCUUUAAAGCAUAGGGUUGAGUUAUUCUGGUCAUUUCUGGAAAACCUGGAAGAUUGGGGAAAUUUACUGAAACGUUUAACCCUGAUAAAGUCUCUCCUCCUGUCUGUGGUCAGGUCUGAUGAUGUGGAUCAGUGUUGGUCUGGUAGUCAUGGUGACAGUGUUAGGACUGGUCCUGCUCCUGUUCUACAGACAGAGGAGAGGAACCAGGAGAACACCACCACCACCACCAGUCUCCUCCAACACACAACCUGACCCUACUGGAGAGGUGAGAGACACAAGGGCGUGUGUGUGUGUGUGUGUGUGUGUGUGUGUGUGUGUGUGUGUGUGUGUGUGUGUGUCCAUAAUAACUUGUAGUGGAGGGGAUAUAGACGUUGUGGUAAACUAAACAUCUAAAGGUUGAGUGUGUAAGUCUACAGCGUCCUCUAGUUGGAUUGUAGCUUGUUAUCAUUCCAUGAAGAAAAAAACAGUGGCUAACAUGUUGUUGAUGGUUGAGGGCCUCCACUUCUUUUCAUAUCUGACCAUGUAGUUGUUGUCAUUGGUUCUCUAUGCAGGUUGACUGUGUGUAUGAGGAGAUCAGAGAGGCAGACAGACAGACAGACACACUCCCUCUGGUCAUCUCUUCAGUCUACUCUACCGUCAACUCACCUACCAACUAUACAACCUAUCCUGCUGGAAAAGACUCUACAACCUACCCUUCUGGCCAAGUCUCUACAACCUACCCUGCUGGCCAAGACUCCACAACCUACCCUGCUGGCCAAGUCUCUACAACCUACCCUGCUGGCCAAGCCUCUACAACCUACCCUGCUGGCCAAGUCUCUACAACCUACCCUGCUAGCCAAGCCUCUACAACCUACCCUGCUGGCCGUGCCACCGGUGUCCCACACUGUGACAUCUAUGCUAACGCUAUCUGCCACAAAGAUUAUAUAAAUCCAAGCUAUUCUACUGCAGAUCGCCCAGCUUCUCUCAUCUACUCUAAUGUGGAUCUACCCAAAGAUUCUAGAGUCUCUUCAAGCCCUCCAACAGCCAGUGGAACCCAGGAUGAUUCCAUCUAUUCUACAGCCCAGCUACCCAAAGAUACUGUAGAAUCUACAAGAUACCCUGCUGUACACCUCUCUAAAGACACUCCAGAAGACGCCAUCUACUCUACAGCCCAGCUACCAAUAAUAAUAUAGGACUAUAUAAUCUAUACAAGGGAUGCGUCUCAAAUGACACUCUAUUAACUAUCCCCCAUUUGGCCCUGGUCAAAGGCAGUGCUCUAUAGAGAACAAGGUGCCAUUUGGGAUGAAGGGAAGCUCCCUGUAGAGAGAUGAAGGGUUGUCACCACAGAGCCGCCAUCUUGGAAUGACACGAAAAAACCCAAUCCCUUUCAUGUUUCAAAUCCUCCUUGACAUAUUGUAUUAACACAGCUCAUGUGGUUUUACUGUAUAUAAUGUAUGUAAAAUAUGAACAUCUAGGUUUCAAAUCAUUUUUAUUUCCAGAUUUUGUGAAAGUCAACCAACAUUAUUGUAAAUAUUUGUGUAAAUAUGAACUAUGUGUUUUGUCAUUUCAUUUUGGCUUCAUUUUGGCUGUUAUAAUAAUGAAGACAGUAAUACCAUAAUAGUCAGUUGUACCUUUGAGAUUUACAUAUCUAUUAUGUAUAUGUAUAUAAACUGUACCUUUUAACUUUUAAAGUAUUUCAAUAAAACUCAUCAAAAUGUUUAAAACAGUGUGAAUGUGUAGUAUUAGUGUGUGUGGACAUGUAGAGAAAGAGGAAGACUGAGACACACCCACACCUUACACACACACACACACACACACACACACACACACACACACACACACACACACACACACACACACACACACACACACACACACACACACACACACACACACACACACACACACACACACACACACACACACACACACAUCCACCCACCCACCCACACAAACACACACACAGAUACACACACACACAGAUACACACACACUGAAAAACCACAGAGAGAGCAGACUCACUAGCAUCACUGGUACUGUAACAGGAGUAGUAAAUGGUUGAGUGAUUGGAGACAGUACAGGGAGAGAUGAGACUUCACUGGGAGAGAAUCAUGAUGACUGUCUGUAUCACUAUACUAUAUCUCCUCUCAGGUAGGUUUACAGUACACUGUUACACUAGAGACUGGUCCUAGAUCAGGUCUACACUGAUACACUAGAGACUGGUCCUAGAUCAGGUCUACACUGAUACACUAGCGACUGGUCCUAGAUCAGGUCUACACUGAUAAACUAGAGACUGGUCCUAGAUCAGGUCUACACUGAUACACUAGAGACUGGUCCUAGAUCAGGUCUACACUGUUACACUAGAGACUGGUCCUAGAUCAGGUCUACACGGUUACACUAGAGACUGGUCCUGGAUCAGUCAACCUUCUAUGGGUCAGUUAGUGUCAAGUAAUAUCAAGUACUGGAGGGACAGAUGAAGGAGCUUCGUUGUGAAUACUCCUUCACCAACCAGGACAAUAUCAAGUACUUCUGUCGGAUCGAUGACCACCUAUCCUGCCGGGACCUGAUCCGGACCGGGAAGCAUGACGUCUGGGUGAGAGAGGGGAGAUUCUCUAUGUACGACAACACCACUGCUGCGGUCUUCACUGUCAUUAUAGACAUGCUGAGCCUGAAGGAUGCUGGGAAAUACUGGUGUGGAGUGGACAUCUUCUUAUUGCCGGAUGAUGUCAGUGAGAUUCAACUGCAGGUUCUAUAUUGCGGAGCUCCGCCCCAUAGGGGAGCUCUGCUCCUAUUGGUUUACCCACUGCCCUAAGGCAGUAUCAGCCUGAGACAAAAUUAUGCACACACCUGCAGCCAAUAGGAGUACAGGUGUCCCUAUAAGAGGGGAUGCCUCCCCUCAAUCAGCCCCACUUUAUCUUCAGCGACUGGACUAGACUGAAGAAGCCAAGAAGAGACGAAGAAGAAGACUCAGGACGAAGAUACGCCGUCGAUUUUCCAGUUCAUCGACGUCGUCCUAAAUGAGCGCACCAGGAGAUUUUCCACCCCCAAAAGCUAUUUUCAGAGCUCAAUGCCGUUGUUCCUCUAUGGCGACUACGGACCCCCACGACUUGUGUUUCGUGUGUUUGGGUGCGCAGCACGCCAAAGACGGAACCGGCGUUCCCCCUAAUUGCACCUCCUGCGCCCUCCUUCCUAUGAAGGAGAGGAUAUUGGGCGUUCUUUAGGGAGGAUAUUCCCUUAGAGGACGUACUGUCUAUACUAGCCUCUGCUUCAGAGGCGUCGUCAGACGGUGCUGAAUCAGAGGAUGACAAGGAGGGAGGAGAGGAGAUGGAUAUUCCCAUGGAACAGUCCGACCCUCACACUCAAACUUUUAAGACCCCCUUUCCAUUGGAAAGCGAGAGGUCUUAUGGCUCCUUGGGCGAUGAUGACACGGGCUCUGACACGUCAGUAGCCCUGUCCUUCGCAGCGGCCUCUCUGCGCUCAGACUUCCCUGGGCUCAUUGAGCGGGCGGCCAAACGACUGGAGAUAGCGCUGCCCCCCAUUCCCCCCCCCCCCCCCCCGCGGAGGUGGAUAUGAUGGAGGGCGGACCCUAUUCUCGGCCGAGGAAGGCAGCUGAGCCAUUGGCUCCGGCUAUGCCUUCUCUCAGCAAAUAUGUCGAGGGCUCAUGGGAGGCACCCUUGGCGGCGCGUUCGCUGGCCAAGAUGUACUGCCCAUUCACAAGAGUGGAAGGAUGAGAGAGGGCUGCCAGGGGAAUCCCUAGGCUCGAGAGCGCCAUGGCGGCGUAUCUAGUGCCAGGUUCGAGUCCCUGGGCGGCCUCCAAGAAAGCCACUCUACCAACCCAAAAGGACAGGCUCACAGCACAGCUGGCAGAGAAGUCCUUUACGUUGGGAGCCCAGGCUGUGUCAGCAGCAAACAACAUUGCCCUCCUCGCGGCCUCCCUAUCCCGUUUAAUGACGGGAAGGUCUGAGUUAACGAGUGAGGAGGUGGAAGAGGCGUCCAGGAUUUCUGGCGCUAUUCUCCAUCUGACACAGGUGUCUGCUAUCUGCGCGGGAAGGUCCAUGGCCACUUCGGUGGUUAUUGAACGUCACCUCUGGCUGUCAUUGACUGCCAUGAAGGAGACUGACCGAGCGUCGCUGCUCAACGCCCCCCUCUCUGACGACGGGCUCUUUGGAGUCGCUGUCAAAGAGGUGACGGAGCGUUUUGCGAAGUUAGACGAAGACAGGAAGCAGCUGGCUAGACACCUGCCAUUGGCAGGGAGAUCCAGCCAUACGCUAGCAAAACCGUCCACCUCGAACGCCCCCGGUAGAUCUUCUAUGGUGAGGCGGCGUGUCAGGCGUCAGACGUCGGCCACUAGCAGCAGGAGAGCGGGCACCGCCCCCCCCAGCAGCACCCGUGGUCACGACGAUUCCGCCAGCGAGAGAGGUUGUCGUCAAGUCGCCCUGGCAGCACCCCAAGGGGACGCAGAAGAGGCGAAGACAAUGACGGGACGAGGGGGAGAGAAUGGGAGAUGGCUCGUCGUGGGACGCGACCGAGCCCACUGUUCCCCCCCACCCUUCUGUUCGGGGCAUGGAGGGAAAUGUUUGUUUUCAUGUGUUUAAUAAAGAGUUGGCUCCCACUGACAUUGUCACAAGAGAGCCCUUUUUCCAUGACACGUUGGAGAACGUUCAGAGUACUUCACGCCCUAUGUUUCUCUCCCAUCACUGAGUGUAGCUCAACCCACCUAGGGUGUGUAGCUGAGCACACACAAGAGAGGAGAGAGAAAAAGGUAGCAAGACGCAGCCUUAGCUCACCUCAUAAAGAUCUCACACUAUGUUCGGCUGCUCAUUCACAUUGGCAGGGAACAACAUCAAAUAUUUCUGCAAGGGGACAUGUUCUGGUAAAGAUAUUCUGGUUCAAACUAAUGGGAGAAAGACUGUAACUCAAGGUAGAUACAGUAUAGAAGACAAGGGAGAUGGAGUCUUCUAUGUGACCAUCAAGAACCUGAUGAAGUCAGACUCUGGGACCUACUGGUGUGGAGUGGGGAGAUUUGGCCCAGACACAUUCCAAGAGGUGCAUCUUAUAGUUACAGAUGGUAAGUGAACACUACAUAUAAAUUGGUAUCUAGUAAUUCACUUCCUGACUUAUUUCCUGACAUAUAGUUGUUUCAGUAUUUGUAUUUAUCUGUACUUUCUACUGACUCACAGCUCCUCCCACUCCUACACCAUCACCUGUCACCUCCAGACCCAAUGUCUCCACAACCCUCCCAAACCUCUUUGCAACAUCCUCUAACAUCUCUACAAUGUUUCUGACAUCUGGAGAUGUCAGUGGUCACUUUUCAUCAAGAACAGGUAUGACGAAUCUCUCAUCUCUGACAUUACAACUAACACGCUGUGAUAUUAAAUGCUGUAAUUCUGGAGCAAAUCAAUUGUAACUGUUCAUGCUUUGGACAAAUUGUAGAUUUGGAGGCCAUGUAGAUGUGAGCCUCUCAGAGGCCCACAGGAAGUGAUGCAACAUUUGAGGUUUUGUGGAGAGCUGCCGAUGACACCAUGGCCUCCGUUGCUAUAGUUACUCUGAUCACUGUCUUACACCUUUAGCAGACCUUUAUUAUAUAUCCACUUAUUACUAUUACUAUUUUUAUUAUUACCCGACUAUAUUAUCUAUCUAUCAGUUUUUUUGUCUUUUCUUUGUCUGUCUGUCUGUCUGUCUGUCUGUCUGUCUGUCUGUCUGUCUGUCUGUCUGUCUGUCUGUCUGUCUGUCUGUCUGUCUGUCUGUCUGUCUGUCUGUAUGUCUGUCUGUCUGUCUGUGUUGUUGUCUGUCUGUCACCUGACAGACUCUACCAACCAACUGACGACCAACCAACUGACCAAUCUUCCAACCUACCUUACUUUACUUUAUUGACUGACCUAUCCACCAGUCUACCGACCAACCCACCAGAUGACCCUGGUAACGAUCCAUCAGUCUGAUAUCUAUAGCCUUUAAAGCAUAGGGUUGAGUUAUUCUGGUCAUUUCUGGAAAACCUGGAAGAUUGGGGAAAUUUACUGAAACGUUUAACCCUGAUAAAGUCUCUCCUCCUGUCUGUGGUCAGGUCUGAUGAUGUGGAUCAGUGUUGGUCUGGUAGUCAUGGUGACAGUGUUAGGACUGGUCCUGCUCCUGUUCUACAGACAGAGGAGAGGAACCAGGAGAACACCACCACCACCACCAGUCUCCUCCAACACACAACCUGACCCUACUGGAGAGGUGAGAGACACAAGGGCGUGUGUGUGUGUGUGUGUGUGUGUGUGUGUGUGUGUGUGUGUGUGUGUGUGUGUGUGUGUGUGUGUGUGUGUCCAUAAUAACUUGUAGUGGAGGGGAUAUAGACGUUGUGGUAAACUAAACAUCUAAAGGUUGAGUGUGUAAGUCUACAGCGUCCUCUAGUUGGAUUGUAGCUUGUUAUCAUUCCAUGAAGAAAAAAACAGUGGCUAACAUGUUGUUGAUGGUUGAGGGCCUCCACUUCUUUUCAUAUCUGACCAUGUAGUUGUUGUCAUUGGUUCUCUAUGCAGGUUGACUGUGUGUAUGAGGAGAUCAGAGAGGCAGACAGACAGACAGACACACUCCCUCUGGUCAUCUCUUCAGUCUACUCUACCGUCAACUCACCUACCAACUAUACAACCUAUCCUGCUGGAAAAGACUCUACAACCUACCCUUCUGGCCAAGUCUCUACAACCUACCCUGCUGGCCAAGACUCCACAACCUACCCUGCUGGCCAAGUCUCUACAACCUACCCUGCUGGCCAAGCCUCUACAACCUACCCUGCUGGCCAAGUCUCUACAACCUACCCUGCUAGCCAAGCCUCUACAACCUACCCUGCUGGCCGUGCCACCGGUGUCCCACACUGUGACAUCUAUGCUAACGCUAUCUGCCACAAAGAUUAUAUAAAUCCAAGCUAUUCUACUGCAGAUCGCCCAGCUUCUCUCAUCUACUCUAAUGUGGAUCUACCCAAAGAUUCUAGAGUCUCUUCAAGCCCUCCAACAGCCAGUGGAACCCAGGAUGAUUCCAUCUAUUCUACAGCCCAGCUACCCAAAGAUACUGUAGAAUCUACAAGAUACCCUGCUGUACACCUCUCUAAAGACACUCCAGAAGACGCCAUCUACUCUACAGCCCAGCUACCAAUAAUAAUAUAG